AUGCCGUCCGACAUCAUCUGGCCCGAGAAAUUCCUGCCGGGUACGACAGACAAUUUCGUAUCAAAUGAGGUCAUCGUAAAGGGUCUCACGGCCCAGCAAGUAUGGCCGUUUCUCGCCAACAUCAACCAAUGGUCGUCAUACUAUGACAAUGUCAGCCAAAUCACGCCCCCUACAUCAGGACCAAACUUGGCCAAGGGGGACAAGUUCCGCUUCUCGACGUUUGGAUUUCCCCCCUUGCCAUCGGAAGUCCUUGAAUCGGUCGCGCCAACAAGCACGACACCAGGACGCCUUGCCUGGCGCGCCUGGCAGGACGGUGAUGCCAACACGGCACUGGACGUCUACCACGCCUGGAUUGUAGAGGAUCUGGAAUGGGGCGUCGUCCGCGUCUUGACCCAAGAAUCUCAGAUUGGGAAGCCGGCAGCCCAGUUGGCUGUCACCAAGCCUAACCCGAUGCUGAAUGGCCAUCAAAACUGGCUCGAUGGUCUGAUCAAAAUUACAAAGGAGAAGAGCGGCUAG